AUGGGAUAUUGGAGGCCUGGAGCUCUAAUUAUUCACCAAAUCGUCCUAGAGAAUUAUGCUUAUCUUGGCGGUAUGAUGGUUGGGACAGACUCUCACACCCCAAAUGCAGGCGGAAUGGGUAUGAUUGCAAUCGGCGUUGGUGGUGCAGAUGCUGUAGACGUGAUGGCUGACCUUCCACUAGAAUUGACCGCGCCUCGCAUUAUUGGUGUCCGUUUUGCUCAGAGCGAACUACGAGCCGACAACGGCGCCGAGUACGAUAAAAUUAUUGAGAUCGAUUUGCCUUCUCUCGAACCAAUAGCUAAUGGACCGUUUACCCCGGAUCUGUCGACUCCCAUAUCUAGAUUUGGCCAGGCUGUCUCGAAAGAGGCGCGGCCGUCCACACUGACGGCAGGUUUGAUUGGCUCUUGCACAAAUUCGUCCUUCGAAGACAUGUCGAGGGCUGCAAGUCUCGGUCAGCAAGCUUUGGAUGCUGGUCUCAAACCAAAGAUGAACCUUCUUGUGUCACAGGCAGCGAGCAGACUAGAGCCACGCUAG